AUGCAGACUGCUUCUAUAAAAAUUUGUUAAAGAAUGGGUUGCUCUCAGGAGCUCAGUAAAUUCAAGUGUGGUACCGUGAUAGGUUGCCACCUGUGCAAUAAGUCCAUCCGUGAAAUUUCCUUGCUACUAAAUAUUCCACGGUCAACUGUUAGUGGUAUUAUAACAAAGUGGAAGCAACUGGGAAUAACAACAACUCAGCCACGAAAGCAGGGGUCAGCGCAUGCUGAAGUGCACAGUGUGCAGAAGUCAGCAACUGUUUGCAGAGUCAAUAGCUGAAGACCUCCAAACUUCAUGUGGCCUUCAGAUUUGCACAACAACAGUGCGUAUAGAGCUUCAUGGACUGG